ACCUCAUCUCUGACAAACUUUGCAACAGUCGUCGUAAAGAAAGUAGUCAUAAAAAUAAACAUUGCUCCUGUGUAAAAGCAAAAAGAUCAAAAUACACCAACUUUUGUCUUUGCAUGAAUUGCGGGAAUAAAUGAAAAUAGUUUAUAAGAUGUUUACUGACUGACAAUUAUAUAUAAUGGUAGUUCCUGAAGUAAGUGUAGUUAGUUAGAAUAUGGGCGUGGCUAUCGUAUCUGGGUGAGAUUUGAGAGUCGAAUGGACAUUACCAAUCGAUUUGUUGGGUUAAAAAACAAUGGGUUGAUACCCUACUUGCUUUUCUCCUCCCAAAAUAUUUUUGAUCUAUAGACCCCAAUAGACCUAAAUAACAUCACAAAUACUAUACUCAAAACAUUGUGCGGCUUUCCAGCCAGAUACAGGAUUAUAUAGAUAGAAUUUUAUAACAUUGAAAAUUUUUGGCCAGGUACAAUUUACAUACAAAAGGAGGAUGUAUUGCUGUGUUCUUUAAAUUUCAGGUCACGAGGGUUUUUAAAAGCUGAAAUUUAGGGUCAAUUUAUGUUGAAAACUUCACUUGCAGGUGGGGGCACAGUGGUUACAAAGAACUUUAUCCAGAGGAAUUCUCCGAAAAACCAGUCAAAGGAGCCGCAAAACAGCAAGAAAAGAAUAGCAAGAAGAGGCAUCACGACUCUUCUGAUUCUGAAGACGUUGACAUCAAAUCAAGGAUGCGACCCGGUAACCAAUUGUGCAAAGAAUCUGCUCAUGAGAAGCACAAAAAACACAAGAAAUCUAAACACAAAGAAAGUACUCUGAUCGUGCGGAAUCAUCGAGGGAAAUCUCCUAGAAUAAAGGAAAACUAUGCUCACAAGAAAUCUGUUAAAGAUAAGUCUUCAAAAUUAGAUUUUGAAUCUAAAAAACUGACAGAAAAAUCCCCGAAAAAUAGUCCUCAAUGUAAUCGGGACAGAAUUCUCUCUUCUUGUUCUGACCACUCUGAAUCUGAGACGAAAGUAGAAAAAUCUACAAAACGGCUGCCAUCAUUCCCACCAAUUGAGAAAUCUUCACUGAAAAAGCUAAUUGUAAAACCUCGAAGGGGCGAUCAGACUGUUGAUGACCGGAACCUUUCAAGCAGAGCUGCUGAAAUAAGAAAAGAAAUUGAAGAAUUGGAGCAUUCAGUUGGAAAGAAAAAAUCUAAAAAGGUUCAUGACACAACGACUCCUCAAGGUAAAACAUUGGAGGUCAGUCCAGCUGAAGGGAAGAUCAAAAAGCACAAAAAGAAGAGGUAUCAUGAUGACGGAGAAGAAGAACCUCUAAUCGAAGACAGUGCGCAGAAAAAUAUCAGGCACAAAAGUGUUGAAAAGCCAAAACACAAAGGUUUGGAAUCUGCUUCAUCGGUUAAAAAACAUAGUAAGUCAGAAAAAGAGGAUCAUCUUGAAGAUAUCGAAACAAAAAAGAAAAAGUUCAACAGAGACAAAAAGCCUGAAAAGUCCAAUGAAGAAUCAUUUGAGAAGCAUCCCAAUUCAAGAGGAUCUGAUGAUAAAUUGAAAAGGAAGAAGGCUUCGUCGAAGAAUCUUUCAGUUUCAGAGGACAUAAAUGACGAAGCGGAAAAAUUGAGAGAAUUAGCUAAGAGAAGUAUGCGAAAGAAAUCCUCUAAACAGCCUGUCAGUGAACCAGAACGCCUAGAAUCUUCCGAGGAAAUAUCCCCUGAGAAACUAUCCAAAACAGCUAAAAUUGUUGAAACCAAGAACGGUUACAAACGCCUGAAAUUCAGAAAAGAGAAGAGUCCUAAGGUAGAUAAGACUCCCAGUCCUAAGAAAAAGAUAUCAUUGAGUCCUAAGCGACAGAAAUUACCUCCACCCGAGCAACAGAGGUCAACGAGUUCGAAACGACAAAAGUCACCGACACCAGAAAUACGAACAGUCUCAGAUGUGAGCAUCAGAAAUCGUUCGAAACGACAAAAGUCACUAACACCAGAAAUACGAACAGUCUCAGAUGUGAGCAUCAGAAAUCGUUCUAAACGACAAAAGUCACUAACACCAGAAAUACGAACAGUCUCAGAUGUAAGCAUCAGAAAAGCACUCGGAGAUAUCAUAGAUCCAAUGGAUGACUUUCCUGCAAGUAUUUCUGAUAACGACAGUGUGUCAGAGGGCGAGAUACCGAGUACCAAAGAAAGGAAAUCCCACAAGAAGAGCAAAAAAACGAAGAAAAAGAAAGAAAAGAAGAAGAGAAAAGAUAAGAAAAGUUCCAAGUCUAGAGACGAAAGGAAGCCAGAGUUUUCCUUGGAAGUUAGCGAUAAUUUUGGUUUAUGUGACUCUGUUUUAGCGUUCGACGAAAUUGGAGAUAUAGAGUAGCGCAUUCAUUUUCCUAU